UGAGUACCUGAAAGUAGGCUGCGAACAUCGUGACACUUAAAGCCUGGGUAUUUUAGCAGGUGUAUUGCAAGAAGAGGAUUGUUCUCCUUACGCUAUCAUACCUAAGAGGAUUUAUGAAAACAUGCAUCCGUUUAAUACUGUCUUGGAAUUCAUGAGAUGGAAGCAUAGGUCAAAGCCGCGCGGAGAAGAUCUGAAGUACGGUUUCAUCUAGCUCCAUCUCCGAGGGAUCUGGAGGACGCAGAGGGGGUCGGAGUCACUGCCGAGCCCGCGCGGCCGGUGUAAGGAAAGCUCGUCCUUACGGCCGCUAACAGGACCCGCCGGAGGUGACGGCAGAGCGCGAGGACCGAACAAUGACUCAGCUGUGUAUUUACACCAGGUUAUUGGGAGCCUUGCUGUUCAUCAUUUCUCAUGCUCAAGGGCAGAACCUAGACAGCAUGCUCCACGGCAGCGGGGGGAAGGCCGACUCUGAGCAGAAGAAGUCUGAGCGUGGGGUCACCUUAGCACCGGAGGACACCUUGCCUUUUUUAAAGUGCUACUGCUCAGGACACUGCCCGGACGACGCUAUUAACAACACGUGCAUAACUAAUGGACACUGCUUUGCCAUCAUAGAAGAGGAUGACCAGGGAGAGACCACCUUAGCUUCAGGGUGCAUGAAGUACGAAGGAUCGGAUUUUCAGUGCAAGGAUUCGCCGAAAGCCCAGCUCCGCCGGACCAUCGAGUGCUGUCGGACCAACCUGUGUAACCAGUACCUGCAGCCCACCCUGCCCCCGGUGGUCAUGGACCCCUUUCUCGACGGCAGCGUCCGGUGGCUGGUCGUCCUCAUCUCCAUGGCUGUCUGCGUGAUCGCUAUGACCAUCUUUUCCAGCUGCUUCUGUUACAAGCAUUACUGCAAGACCAUCUCGAGCAGACGUCGAUACAAUCGUGACUUAGAACAGGAUGAAGCGUUCAUCCCAGUCGGGGAAUCCCUGAAAGACCUCAUCGACCAGUCGCAGAGUUCUGGCAGUGGGUCCGGCCUGCCUUUGUUGGUUCAGCGAACUAUUGCCAAACAGAUUCAGAUGGUCCGGCAAGUUGGUAAAGGCCGAUAUGGAGAAGUGUGGAUGGGUAAAUGGCGUGGUGAGAAAGUGGCAGUGAAGGUGUUUUUUACCACGGAAGAAGCGAGCUGGUUUCGAGAAACGGAAAUCUACCAGACUGUGCUAAUGCGCCAUGAGAACAUCCUCGGUUUUAUAGCAGCGGACAUUAAAGGCACCGGCUCCUGGACGCAGCUGUACCUGAUCACGGACUACCACGAGAACGGCUCCCUCUAUGACUUCCUCAAGUGUGCCACGCUGGACACCAGGGCCCUGCUCAAGCUGGCCUACUCGGCGGCCUGCGGCCUGUGCCACCUCCACACGGAGAUCUACGGCACGCAGGGGAAACCUGCCAUUGCCCAUCGCGACCUGAAGAGCAAGAACAUCCUCAUCAAGAGGAACGGCAGCUGCUGCAUCGCCGACCUGGGCCUCGCCGUCAAGUUCAACAGUGACACGAACGAAGUCGAUGUGCCCUUGAACAGCAGAGUGGGCACCAAGCGCUACAUGGCUCCGGAAGUGCUGGACGAAAGCCUGAAUAAAAACCACUUCCAGCCCUACGUCAUGGCCGACAUCUACAGCUUCGGCCUGGUCAUCUGGGAGAUGGCUCGUCGGUGCAUCACGGGAGGCAUCGUCGAGGAGCACCAGCUGCCCUACUACAACAUGGUGCCUGGCGACCCGUCCUACGAGGACAUGCGGGAGGUGGUGUGCGUCAAGCGCCUGCGGCCGACCGUGUCUAACCGGUGGAACGGUGACGAAUGUCUGCGGGCGGUGUUGAAGCUCAUGUCCGAGUGCUGGGCCCACAACCCGGCGUCCCGACUGACGGCGCUGAGAAUCAAGAAGACACUUGCCAAGAUGGUGGAGUCCCAGGAUGUCAAGAUUUGACAUGUGAGUGACGAGAAGUUCUGACUGCAAGGCCGUGUCACCAGGGGACAGUGGGACGGUGUUAGCGUGCUCCGACUCCCCCUCGCUACCCUUCACAGGCUGCUACAGCGGGACCUUUCGGUACGUAGGAUACAAGCUGGGAACUCCUGCACGCUUCCUUCUUUCUAUACGGACAGCUGCAUUUUCAGCGUGGUCUUUGAUGCCUUUUUUUAUUGGGUUUUUAUGAACUACAUCAAGACUUCAAUCCUGGGUCGGAAGUCUCCAGUCAAACUCUCGGUACUGAAUUGUGUUCGUAAGAUGGUGCUUUCUGUGAAAGCCAUAAGACGAAUGAGUUUGGCAGAGACGGGGAAACACACUUUUGCCUUUUGCCUGCGGAAGUCAGGCCUGUCGUGUUCUUCCUUCGGGGACAGCCGGCAGCCGGCCAUGUGUUCGGAGACCGCUCAGCGAGAGGCCGGCGUCCUGCCUCCCCUGGCGGUGGCGUGCGCACCCGGGCUUGUGUGCCGCCGCUCGGAGAAGAAAACCACCUGGAACGCGCAGGGAGGUGCUGGUGCCCGGGGCCCUGUGCUUAGAAACACCACCCCGCCGAGGUUCGCCAAUUUCGUAGAAGCCAUUUACUUUGCGACUGAUGCAGCCUCCCCAACUUUUUAUUUUUAACAUGAAAGUUGACGUAAGGCCAAAAGAAGCUUAAAGUGUGUGCAUUUGGGCUCUUUUCUUUCCACUACGUCUUCGUUUCUUUCUGUCCAGAGUUGGAGCGUCCAUGCCGUGAGUGCGCUCACAAAGCUCACACUUCUGACGUGAGCUGCCGCGUUAGGAGCGAUGUGAGCGGCCGUAACUCCUCUGUGCUCCGUCUUCUCGGUACCGUUUAAAAGGGAAGUUAUUUAUA